AUGGGGCAGUCACAAGUCGUCACUUUGGAGUAUUGAGGAAGGCGGUGAACCGGAGGACAGUGCCGGAUGGGAUAGGAGCCGUGCAGCCCACAUCACUCACCGCGGAUUGAACACCCCCCCAACAAUCCCUCCAUCCUCUCUCUCCCUGACUGUCUCUCUCUAGUCUGCAGCCUCCAAGAACAGCCGCCGCAUCAUUUUUUCAAAGCCCUCCCUCCCUCCAUCUCCUUUUCUGCUGCUUGCACCACUGUGGGAAUGCAGUGAAGGUAAACCAGGCUUCUUUUCUCACCCCCCUCACACACAAACACACCGAUACUGGAUCUAUCAUUGCAGACAGACAGCUUUCCGGAAGACUGUCACUCUGGAAGAAUCAGAGAUCGGCGUAAGGGAUUGGACCCGGAUCAGUUGGAUUUAGCCCGCUCUCCCGGGCACCACCAACACCACCCCACACUGGCGGAUCCCAUCAGAUCCCUGCCUCGUUUCAGUUUCGGUGGCUUUCCCCGUUUCUCUCCCUACUGGAUUACCGACAGCUGGAGCGCCUAAAAAGGGUGGCGGGGCAUGGAGAACUGAGGGCUAUCAGAGGCAAACUUGAAGCAGCCGACAAAGACACCAGCAAGAGGUAAAGGGAAGCUCCCUAAUGUACGUAGGAAAAGGUCCAAUAACUUAAAUAACACUAUGAAAAUCACGGGUUAAAGUGGUUUGCCUUUUAAGGACCUUAUGCGGCCGAUAAUCAACCAAUUGAGAGUCAAAGGGUGCUGCCGUAGCCUGGAUUGUUGAUCUACGCACGCACACUCGCACAUGGAUUUACAGCCCCAGUCAGACGCGGAUCGAUAUCCUUCUCCGUGCUUUUCACGUCGUCUUUUUUUAACAAGGGAGUGAAGCAUCCUGGGAUUUAUCAUCGCUUCGUUAGCGCUGAACUAGAGUGAGGCGCCACCUCGCUUCGCUCUCUCACCUGUCCAACCUGCGUGCUCGUGUGGAAGUGUGUAUAUACUCGUCCAUAUUUGUGUGUGUGUGUGUGCGUGUGUGUGUGUGUGUGUGUGUGUGUGUGUGUGUGUGUGUUUGGGUUGUUGUCCGCCAGAGGGAGUGUAGGUGAUAUUGCUUGUGUAUGAGUGCUGUGCCAGCUUUUAAUAAGUAGUAGGGUGACUGUGAGUGGUUGUGUCUGCUCGUGAUGCGGAUGCUUGUGUAUUAGUUUGUGUUUGGUGUCUGUGCAUGUUUCUAUAUAGGCUAACUAUUGUGCGGGUACAUACUUAAGAUGCCCAACAUUUCUUCUGAACCACAUCCCCUUCCUUGUAUAUGUCCUUGUAUCAUUUGGCCACCUGUUUGACCUCCUGAACACACCAAGAGACUCGAAGAAAAAGCAACGGCAGGAUGAGUGAGCGUUCUGGUGCAAGCAGUCUAGCAGCCAUGACGCUGGAGGAGCCAGGGGCUGAACAGGCAUCUCCCAGAGCCCCGGGCCCUCUCCGCUGUGGCCCCUGUGCUGUGUGGCCUCGCCAGCAGACCUGGCUGUGUGCUGUGCCCCUGGUCAUGGGCUUUGUGGGUCUUGGACUGAGUCUGAUGCUGCUGAAAUGGAUUGUUGUGGGAUCUGUCCAAGACUAUGUCCCUACUGAUCUGGUGGAUCCCAAAGGUAGCAUUGGACAGGACCCUAUAUUUCUCUCCAAACCCAGUGCCAUGCCCAAGGGGCCCGACAUUUCCACAGCCACCACUACUUCAACUGCCUCUACCACAGCAAUGGUGUCGACUACUACGCCGCUAGCUGCAGAUGGUACUGCCCCAGCGCCAAGAACUCGACCAGGGCCACCGGCAAACCACUCAGCCAAUGGCAGCACUGCCAAUGGAGAUGGCAACCGCGCCCCUCACCUUCACAACCGCGUUGGCACCCGCGGUAGUGGGACUGUGGUUACCACCUCCACCACUCGGGCCACCCGACUAACCCCACCACCCAGCGGUAAGGAGGUCACCCCUCGCAGCACUGUUAGGAAAGGAACCGGCUCUGGUAAUGGACGUAAUGGCGCUGUCAACUCAAAGCCAGGGCAGUCUGCCACUGUCACAACUACAGCAUCCACCACAACUACAGCUACUGUGAAGACCACCGCCAAGCCGCAGCCGACCACCUCCCAGCAGGCAGCACCUGUCAAGCCCACGUCACGAUGGAAUCACGGGCGUCCAGUCAAGGGCCCGGCCACACGCCCACACCAUCGCUUCAGAACACCAGUAGCCCCCACACUUCCCAGUCUACGUUCAGAGGUCUUCAAGCCAUGUGUGGAAGACAAGGACCUGGCCUUUUGUCUAAACGAGGGAGAGUGCUCCAUCAUUGAAACUGUGGCUGGAGUUCACAGACACUGCAGGUGUAAGGAGGGCUACCAUGGACUGCGCUGUGACCAAUUUGUACCCAAGACGGAUGCCAUCUUGUCAGACCCAACGGAUGAACUUGGGAUUGAGUUCAUGGAGAGUGGUGACACUUACCAGAGGCAGGUGCUGUCCAUCUUCAGCAUUGCCUCAGGGAUCUGUCUUCUUGGAGUGGCAUGUAUGGCUCUUUACCGCCGCAACAAAAGACACAGGGAAAAACUCCAGGCUCAUUUCUCUGAUAGCCGCAGCCUGAGGGACUGCAGCGUCAACGCCUCUGGCCUCAUGUCAAAAUCUGCUCCCAGGCUCCAGUACAGCCUGCAACUCCAGAAGGGAUGCAGUUCUCAUGGAUCGUCCGUUAAGGGCAGCAGCGUGGCACCAGGCACAUCGACAGCAGCCCCCCCUCUUCUCAGCAGAGCUCUGUCUAAAGGGAAACGCUUCAGGAGUAGCUCCCUUUCUCUGAGUCCUGCCCGACAACGGAGAGAGAGUAACUAUUUCAGGACCCCGCCCGUUUCCAGAGGAAAACAUAAAAUAUCGACCAAUCUCAUUGAUGGAUCCCGAGCGGCUGGUCACGUCUACAAACACUUGCAGGAGGAUGAGUCAACGGACAUUGAGUUCAUAAGAAGGUGUGAUUCUACGAGUGGAAAGGUCGGCCCCCUCCUCAGCAGGACUUCACUCUCCCACUUCGCAGCCAGAAAGGGAUGGACCGAAGUUCCAUGCACCCGUCUGGAUAAGGGAACAACCUACCCUCCACCGACCCUGCUCACCCGUUCUGUGCCAAUCAUCCCUUCGCUCCAAGCAUGUGACCUCGAGGCUGGGAAUGUGGACACGAGUGGGCGGAACCAAGGGGGGCUUCUGAAGUGGCGUCCCGCACUGGUUGGAAAGACAACCAUGCCCAAGAGCUCUUCUCCUUCUCCGUCCCUUGAGACUGUCGUUCUGGAUCCUGUAGUUAUGCCCCGCAGUGUUAGCCCUCCUGCCACCAUCACCGUCACACUGGGGUCGGAAAAGAAUCUCAGCUCCGCACAAACACCCUCCUCCGUUGAAAUUACACUGGAAAUAGCGCAGGAAUUAAAACAUAAAAGCCUUUCCAGCACCGUUAAAAUGUCUGGGUCUCAAAGCGAGGUCUACCACGGUGGCAUAAACACUCUCGAGGCCGGAGCUGUGCAGGAGUCAGGAGGAAGUGUUCAAUAUCAAGCCAGAGUUCUGCACACAGGCAGUGGAACCAGAGCUUUGAAGGCAGCAGGCCAAAGAGAAACCCAGGGCCGGUGCCAAGGUCAGACGUCCCUUAUGUACGGAGGCGCAAACAACUCCCUGGCCACCAAAGGACCCAGCUGCGGAGGAAUGGGAAAUGCUUAUGCCAAGCCCUCUGCAAGCUGAUUGGAUUAACUCUGUAAAGCUUCAAAAACACUGUUUCCAAUAACUGUAUACCUUUGCUGGUGGCACAGGAUGGUUAGCAGGUGGCAGCAUCUGUGUGGCCAAAUGGACCAAUAACAGAUGGCCGACAAUUUUAAAGCGAACACGAACAGAUUAAACUGCAGACGGAAAAAAUAUUGACACUGCUAAAGACAUGGAAUUAUAAAGAAACAAAGACAAACAAACACACAUUGUGAAUAAAUGUGACUGAAUAAGGUAAACAAAAACCGUGACUUGAGUGGGAGCUUGACUUAAACAGUGUAUUGAAAAAAAUGCCACUAUUUAAAAGGAGCUUCUACUUAGAAACCAAAAUAGUGUGUCAUCUCUAUGUUGUUUCUCUAUUGUAAAGAAAUGAAAUUAUAUAUGUCAUGAUAUAUGUCAUAUAGACGUAUAUAUAUUUGACAUACAAUUGUGACAAAAUAAAGACUAAGAUAAACAGUGUUAAAUAAGGGCUUUGUUUAUCUC